AUGACCCCCCUCACCGUCCCAUCACCACCACCGCCACUAACAACUUCCUAUAAGCAAAUCAACUCGUCCACGAUAACAGCAGACAUCUACCUCCCGCCUUCUCAACCCUCUCAGUCCAGCAAUGAACCAAUCCACUACCCCGUCCUUAUCAAUAUUCACGGUGGCGCCUUCAUGCUCGGCCACAGCAGGAUGGUCUCCCUCGCGCAGAUAUCCGACUGUCUAGCUCGGAACUGGAUCGUAGCUGUCCCGAACCACCGGCUUUGUCCGGGCGUUGAUGUGCUCUCUGGACCGAUGGCAGACAUACGCGAUUUCCUCGCGUGGAUAUAUGCGGAUCAAGAUGGGCUGAAUGCAUUCUUGGAGAAGCAGGAUAGAGACGGAAAUGGCAAUGGGAAGGGGAAGUACAGAGUUGCUAAGGAUAGAGUCAUGGCAUUCGGGACGAGCAGCGGAGGUUUCCUGGCGCUUAGCUUGGGCUAUGACGUUCCCCGUCCACCACGCGCGAUCCUCAACUUCUACGGCGCCGUGCACUUCACACACCCCAGCUGGACUCAGCCUUUAGCACACGUCAAGUCCAUGCUCCCUCCAUUCGAGCCUGAAUUUCUGGCAAAGGUAUACGAGGAGUUUCCCAUCCCAACGACAAGCGGAAUUUCCCUCGAAGGCCAAUCCGGUGCGAGCAACAAGCCUGACUUCAGCCGGCCGCGUGAUGCAUUUGCGCUGACGCAGAUUGCGAAUGGGAAUGUGCUGCGGGUGAUUUUCCCCCCAGAAUGCGGGGAUAUCAGGAGCAUUGAUCCUGUUGUUAGAGUACAGAAAGGAGAAGGGUUCCCCCCGACGUUUAUUGUACAUGGGGAUCGGGACCGUAUGGUCAGCAUCGAGGUUAGCAGGGAGUUGUAUCAGGCUCUCAAAGAGAAGGGGAUAGAGUGUGGGAUCGUCGAGGUGGAGGGGGAGGACCAUACGUUUGCGUUAGGAAUGGAGGUUGGGAGUAGGACCUGGGAGAGGCAAAGGGAGGGGUUUAACUGGAUAGAGAGGGUUAUUCAGUGA